AUGCGAGGAGCCCUGUUAUAUGGUAGUGCGUUAGUGGCGCUCACAGAAGCGCAGCAGUUGUAUCUUACAACUACUGGCUAUACCGAGCGUCCGCAAUGUACGCAGGCGGCUGCAUCACCUGAGUAUUACUUUCGUCCGUUCUCUUAUACGUUGAAUGAGACUGUUCGAUAUGCCACCUCGGUACCCGCGCCGACAACCACCAAAACGUAUGCAGCACCAUACUCCGAAGCCGUCAAGCACCUCACUACAACCCCCGCGACCACAACAUGGGGUAACUGGCUGCCUGGCCAAACGGAGAUUACCGCUACCGACACAGACGAACCUUACGGAGAAGCCGCAUGGUCUUCGCUAUGGAAGCUGGCUGAUAUAAAGAACUACACGACCACUGGGAUAUAUUCGACGACGGUCAGCCCCACGCCAGUUCCAAGCAGCGAGCUAGUCCUUCCGCCAAGGGACUACUUCGAGCCUACGGACUGCUACAACUUCCCAGACGAUUUCAUUUUCGGUGUUGCCGGGAGUGCUGCGCAGGUCGAAGGGGCCGUGGGCUUGGAAGGUCGCAGCCCUACCAUCCAAGAGAACCUCGCGACUGUUGACCAGCCAAAGAACUAUGUGACCAACGAGAACUACUACUUGUACAAGCAGGAUAUCGAGCGCCUGGCAGCUAUGGGUGUCAAGUACUACAGUUUCUCAAUUCCAUGGACGCGGAUUCUGCCCUUCGCCGUGCCCGGAUCACCGGUGAAUGAGCAGGCUAUCAAGCACUAUGACGAUUUAAUCAACACCAUCCUCGAUGCGGGCAUGCAGCCAGCAGUGACGCUUCUCCAUUUCGACAGUCCAUGGCUCUUCGUAUCUAGCGACAACUUCUCCGCUACUCCUGAUUUCGGUAAUGCUAAUGGAGGCUACCAGAACGAGACCUUUGUGGAUUCAUUCGUCAACUACGCAAAGAUUGUGCUCACCAACUAUGCCGACAGAGUUCCCGUUUGGUUCACGUUCAACGAACCCUUCCUUUACUCGUUCAAUUUCACCGGUGCCAACAAUGUCGUGCACGCACACGCGCAAGUGUACCAUUUCUACAAGGACGAACUAAAAGCAACCGGAAAAAUGGGAAUCAAAUUCAAUGACAACUUUGGCGUUCCCCGUGAUCCCACGAAUUCCAGUGACGUCGUCGCAGCAAACCGAUUCCAAGAGAUCCAACUGGGACUCUACGCCAACCCCAUAUUCCUCGGCAAGCAAUACCCCGAUUCCGUUCUCGAGACCCUACCAGGUGCCAAACCCCUCAGCUCAGACGAGCUCUCCUAUAUCAACAACACCUCCGACUUCUUCGGCAUCGACCCCUACACAGCAACCGUAGUCUCCGAACCAGCAGAGACAUUCACAGACUGCGCAGCAAACCACACCACCGCCAACACCAUCUUCCCCUACUGUGUCGUUCAAGAGACCAGAAACAUCUACGGCUGGAACAUCGGCUACCGCUCGCACAGCUACGUCUACAUAACACCCACCUACCUCCGCGAAUACCUAAACUACCUCUGGAACACCUUCCGCAAGCCCGUCCUCGUCUCGGAAUUUGGCUUCCCGGUGUACAAAGAGGAUGAGAAAGAAGAGCUCUCGGAUCAACUGUUUGACACGCCGCGGAGUAUUUAUUACUUGUCGUUUAUGUCGGAGAUACUGAAGGCGAUUCAUGAGGAUGGGGUGCAUGUUAUGGGUGCUCUGGCGUGGAGUUGGGCGGAUAAUUGGGAGUUUGGGGAUUAUACGCAGCAGUUUGGGUUGCAGGUUGUGAAUCGGACGACGCAGGAGAGGUUUUUUAAGAAGAGUUUGUUUGAUUUGGUUGAUUUUGUUGGGGCGAGGAUGGCGUCUUCCUGA